AUGGGUCUACGAGACAUCUUGAAGAAGAAGGACAAGAUCGAUGAUAGUAACGAAAAUAAGAAAGAAGAUACUACGAGAAAUCUCCAGGCCCCAGAGUUCACCUUCAUCCGCUCCGAUACACACUCGCACGAGGUGAUACAACCACCAAGCGACCCCAACAGCCAGAAUGCAAGCCGCGAGAAUGUGAACUUUCUCAGCGCAAGUGAUGCUCAGAAUUCCGCAGGCUCAGCUGGAGAAGGAACAGGAGUCUCACGGCCGCGUCGCGUCUCUGACGUCUUCAAGCCUCGCUCGAGAGGCUCGUCGGUGUCUGUUCCUAGUAGGGCCAGCAGCUUGUCAGUUUCCGACAAGGGCGGACCCAGCCGUCGAAUCUCGCAGCGUCUACACCUGAAGCGCGCCCCUGCUAGUUCCGAGAACGUGCCUGAAAACCUGCCGGAAAUCGUCGUCGCUGGAGGCGAGGAGGAGGCCGAGAAGCAGUGGGAGAAGCGUGCGACGAUCCUCGCCAAAACAGCCAACGAGAAUGAGCUGCAACGGGGCCGCCCAGCCAGCCCCACCACGGACCCCUACAUCUCUGCUGGCAUAUCGGGCGGGCUGGGGAGCAUGCGGAUCAGCAACGAAAGGAGGGUCAGCGAUGGCGUGGCGAGCUCGCCAGCCAUCGACGCCGACAUCCAGGAGGCCAUACGACUGCACGAGGAGGGCAAGUUGGAGAAGAGCACCAAGUUGUUUGGUGUUUUGGCCGAUCCGGAAGGGGCAAAUAACCCGCUCAGCCAGGUGCUUUAUGGUCUCGCAUUAAGGCACGGAUGGGGCUGCGAACCUGUCCCUGAAAAGGCAGUGUUCUACCUGUCUGCGGCAGCGAAGAACGCCGCCGAUGUCGAGAGCCUGGCUCUGCAGGCCGGCCUCAAGAAGGGCGGUGCGGCCAAAGGAGAACUGGUUCUGGCGAUCUUCGAGCUGGCCAACUGCUUCCGUCAAGGCUGGGGCAUCGACAAGGAUCCGAUUGCAGCUAAGCAGUACUACGAAACAGCUGCGAACCUCGGGGACACAGACGCUAUGAACGAGGUAGCAUGGUGCUAUUUGGAGGGCUUUGGCUGCAAAAAGGACAAGUAUUCGGCGGCCAAGUACUACCGUUUGGCCGAGAAAAAUGGGAACAAAACGCUGGGAAAUUCUUGGAUUUGGAAGGACAAGUACAACCCCGAGAACAGGAAGGGCAAGAAGUAG